AUGGAAGCUUGUAACGACGUGCUUGAGAAACUGAAGGGGCGUGGGGUGCUUUCACAUCUGCUUUUACGUGCUGUUGUAAGAGUAGCUGUUUCAGCAUGUUUGUACUGGUUUUCGUUCCCUUUGAUGGUUUUUCUUGAUGUAAAAUCUAUUGAUGGUAGAACCUCUGCUGUGUCAAAGUUGCUCUGUUAUUUACCCAGAGAAUUCUCCCUUGAAAACCAUGAAAUACCAUUGAGGUUGCUCUUCUGGUAUCUUGAUCCACUCAUGCUUAAGCAUGAUGUUUCAAAAAUUUUACAAGAUACAACUGAGAGGCCUUUCCUUUGUUUGAAGAAGGAGUUUCAUGAGAGAGUGGAUUGGCAUGCUAUAGUUAUAUGCUUGGCACUUUCUCCUGUUAUAUUUAUCGAGACAAGAGCUCUGUUACAUAACUGGUUUCUGCUAACGUGA